AUGGGCAAGAAAGAACAGGCAGAGCUGGCGAACCACGUCUCCGGCCAAGCCAACAAUGAAAUGCUAUCGCGCCCUGCGCAUGCUUUGCCUGUUACCCAGGUCAUCGAAGAAAUGAGCGCCAAUCCUGAAGACGGGCUCACAGAAUCCGAAGUCAAAACUCGUCUCGAGAAGUAUGGGCGCAAUGAGCUGGGCGACGCCGAGGGCGUCAACCCGGGCAAGAUACUCGUUCGGCAGGUUGCCAACGCUAUGACUCUAGUCCUGAUCCUGGCCAUGGCCGUCAGUUUUGGCAUCCGGUCGUGGAUUGAAGGCGGCGUGGUUGCUGCCGUGAUUGUCCUCAAUAUUGUUGUUGGCUUUAUGCAGGAGUUCCAGGCCGAGAAAACCAUGGACUCGUUAAGGUCUUUGAGCUCGCCUACUGCCAGCGCCGUUCGGGAUGGCAAGACUCUCAGUGUUUCUACUGUGGAAGUUGUUCCUGGUGACAUGGUAGAGUGUAAAACUGGGGACACCAUCCCCGCGGACAUUCGCUUGAUUGAGGCGGUUAACUUCGAAACCGAUGAGGCUCUGCUCACCGGCGAGUCUCUUCCUGUGCACAAAGAAGCUGAUUCAACUUUCGAGGACGACACCGGUCCUGGAGAUCGCCUCAACGUCGCGUACAGCUCAUCCACGGUGACCAAAGGCCGCGCUCGCGGCAUUGUUUUCGCUACCGGCAUGUACACCGAGAUCGGCUCCAUCGCCGCGGCGCUCAGGAAGAAAGAUUCCAAGGUCCGACCCGUCAAGCGCAAGGCUGACGGCAGCGCGAAGCCCCACCGGUAUGCCGAAGCCUGGACGCUCACCGCUUCAGACGCGGUGGGUCGCUUUUUGGGUAUCAAUGUCGGCACUCCGCUGCAGAAGAAGCUUUCGCGGCUCGCAAUUUUACUUUUCUUCAUCGCCGUGGUCUGUGCAAUCAUCGUGCUGGCAGCAAAUAACUUUGUCAGCGAGCAAGAGGUCAUCAUCUACGCCGUUGCUACGGGCUUGAGUAUGAUCCCUGCCUCGCUUAUUGUCGUCUUGACUAUCACUAUGGCUGCUGGGACGAAGCGCAUGGUUGAGAGGCAUGUCAUUGUUAGGAACCUCAGAAGCUUAGAGGCUCUCGGCGCCGUGACAGAUAUUUGCUCAGACAAAACCGGCACACUCACGCAGGGCAAGAUGGUCGCCAAGAAAGCGUGGAUCCCUGCCAAAGGGACUUACUCCGUCAGCAGCUCUAAUGAGCCCUUCAACCCUACAAUUGGGAGCUUAAGUUUCGAUUCGAAACCCCCAAAGGAUAUCGAUUUCAAAGCAGCCGACGAGGAAGGCCACGAGCAGACCUACACAGAUCUGCUUGAAGGCAACAAAUUCCUGGAGGACUACCUGAACGUAGCUUCACUAGCUAAUCUAGCACAUGUCCAUAAGAAUGACAAUGGAGACUGGAAUGCUCGCGGUGAUCCUACCGAAAUUGCUAUUCAGGUUUUCGCCUCCCGCUUUGAUUGGAACAGGACCCGCCUUACCGCUGGUGACAAGCCAAAGUGGAAGCAGAUUGCCGAGUUUCCGUUCGACUCCGAUGUGAAGAAAAUGUCCGUCAUCUUCGAGGAGACGGCUUCGCAAGAACGUCACGUCUUUACCAAGGGCGCUGUAGAACGCGUGAUCGGCUCAUGCACCUCGGUGUAUUCUGGAGAAGGCGAAGCUACCGAGGUCACCGAAGACUUCAGAAAUGAAGUUCUCGAAAACAUGGAAUCACUCGCCGCUCUCGGUCUCCGUGUCCUUGCUUUGGCAAGCAGGACAUACAAGGAGCAUAUCGGUGAGAAGCAGGAAUUUGACCGCAACGAGAUCGAGAAUGACCUCACCUUCCGAGGCUUAGUUGGGCUCUACGAUCCGCCUAGGCCCGAAUCUGCACCAUCCGUGCGCGAGUGUCAACAGGCGGGUAUCUCAGUCCACAUGUUGACUGGCGACCACCCCGGCACGGCUCGCGCCAUCGCACUUGAGGUCGGCAUCCUUCCGUCCCGGAUGAAUGAGGUCAGCAAGGAUGUGGCAGCUGCUAUGGUCAUGACUGCUGGCCAGUUCGACAAGCUGUCCGAUGAUGAAAUCGACCAGCUCCCGCUUCUGCCUCUUGUGGUUGCUCGUUGCGCGCCAAAUACCAAGGUCCGCAUGAUUGAGGCACUGCAUCGGAGGAAGAAGUUCGCAGCUAUGACUGGCGACGGAGUCAACGACUCACCCUCGCUCAAGCGCGCAGAUGUCGGAAUCGCCAUGGGUCAAGCGGGCUCCGAUGUCGCCAAAGACGCUUCAGACAUUGUUCUAACCGACGAUAACUUCGCCUCUAUCCUCAACGCCAUUGAAGAGGGUCGCCGCAUGUUCGACAACAUCCAGAAAUUCAUUCUGCAUCUGCUUGCUGAGAACAUCGCUCAAGCCUGUACUUUGCUCAUUGGUCUGGCCUUCAAGGAUAGUCGUGGUUUAUCGGUCUUUCCUCUUGCGCCAGUCGAGAUUCUAUGGGUCAUCAUGAUCACCUCUGGCAUGCCCGACAUGGGCCUCGGGUUUGAGAUUGCGGCUCCAGAUAUCAUGCAACGACCGCCGCAAAGCCUCAAGCGCGGUGUCUUCACCCUCGAAGUAAUGCUCGACAUGCUCGUCUACGGCCUCUGGACAGCAGCCCUCUGCCUCGCCUCCUUCACCCUCGUCCUCUACGGUUUCGGCGACGGCAACCUGGGCGAGAACUGCAAUGACGCCUACUCCGAGGCCUGCGACACUGUCUUCCGCGCCCGCGCGACCUGCUUCGCCUGCCUGACGUGGUUCGCGCUCUUCCUCGCCUGGGAGAUGAUCAACAUGCGCCGUUCCUUCUUCCGCAUGCAGCCGAAGAGCAAGAAGUACUUCACGCAGUGGAUGUUUGACGUCUGGCGCAACAAGUUCUUGUUCUGGGCCAUCAUCGCGGGGUUUGUCACGAUUUUCCCGACGCUGUAUAUUCCGGUCAUCAACCAUGUGGUUUUCAAGCACACGGGGAUUAGCUGGGAGUGGGGUAUCGUCUUCGCCGAAACGGUGCUGUUCUUCCUGGGCAUCGAGUCGUGGAAGUGGGCGAAGAGGAUCUACUUCCGUCGCCAGGCGAAGAAGACGACGGGUGGUGCGGCGCUGGAUCUGGAGAGCAGAGUCUUUGGCCAGUAUCUGCAGGGCUCUCACCCUUCUAGCAGCGACAACCUUAGCUCUGGGCCGGCGGCCGAGAAGAGCGAAUAA